GUUGCCCAUCCCUACGCACGCUACGCACACACACGCGCGCGCAGAUCCCGUCCGUGUGCGCUCGUGCAUCUUUCGAAAAACGUUCGGAAAAUAAACCACCUCAGUAGAGUUAGCGAUCGCGGCAAGGGAGUCGCGUCUACGGCCGGUAUACAAGUGCUUGAGUCUUGAGUGCUAGGGAUGUGCCUUGAGUGUUAGUGUUAAUAAUCGUGUAAAGUUAGUGUUGCCAGUGUUUUCGAUUCUCGAUUUAAAAACAGAACUUCAAAAAUGGAGCUCCGGAUAUGGUCUUUGUGUGGAUUCCUCGUGGUGUUGGCUGUCAUCUCGCAUUGUUCAGGUAACAUCACCAGUCGAAAAUUGUCCUAUAAAUCCACCAAAAAAGAUGUUCUCGAUGCACAUGUCAUGGAGAGGCGUAACGUAGAUAAUGAUGACUUCCUCGGUGAUGAGGGAAUAGACGACGAGGCACAGAAAGAUGAAGGCAAUGAAGAAGAAGUAGUAGGAGUGAUACAAACCGAACCUAAGAAAUAUAACGUAGAAUCAGGAUUGUCUGUACGGCUGGCUUGUGUCGUCAGCCCAGCGUCCGUGCCUGUUGUGAACUGGGACAAAUUGAAUGGAAACGAGGUGGUGGGUCUGUACUUCAACAAAAUGAAGAUGAACCCUGCGAAAUUUCCCUCAAACAAAACUGAAAUCAUCUCCGAAGGUGGUGUCCACGACUUGGUGAUACAUGACCUAGACUCGUCAGACUCUGGCGAGUACCGGUGCUCAGUAUCUCAGGAGGCUCCUGUGUCUGUCGUCCAUAGCCUCAGGGUUGGCCCGAGGAUUGUCAGUCUAACUGCGACCAACAACGGCGAGGUCCCCGAAGGUUCUGAUUUGGUGCUGACCUGCAAGGUUGAGGGGUUGCCGCCGCCACAGAUCAUCUGGUCUAGGGUUGGCUCAGGACAGGAGGGCUCCAACGGCCGUUUGAAGGAGGGAGACGGAACAUUCUCAUUUGACAGCGUCACCAUCCAGAACGUGAAGGGCAACGCCUCCGGGAAGUACUAUUGCUACGCUUUCAACAACUUGGGCUCCACGCAGAGGGAGAUAGACAUCAAAGUUUUAGAGAAACCCCACGCGCACGUGCACAGAACUGAGAUCAAUACUGGCAUCGGAGACCACGCCAUCUUCCAGUGCACCUCCAGGGGAGAUCCCAUGCCUGAGAUCACCUGGUUCAAGGACAACGUGCCAGUUUUGGUGGACAACAAACAUUUCUUCAUCUCCAAAGAUGGCGUCAACUCCAACCUGACCGUCAUCCCGGCCGGGAUCAGUGACUUCGGGACUUACACUUGUCUGGCCCACAACUACCACGGUGUCCACAACAGAUCCGCGGAGCUGGUGCAGCGACCCGUUAUCGACGAAGUGGACGUGACUGGCCCCAAGCUCAGCUUCAAGGUCCACUCGCAUCUGCCGCUGGAACAAGUCGAAGUCCAACUAAUGGACGAAACUGGCAACAUUAAUAAAUUUGAACUUCCACUGCCCAAGAACUUGCAAAAAACCUACGACUUCUCUUACGAAGUGUCAGAAGCACCAGGCACUUACCAGGCCUACCUUAGGGCUAAGAACGACAAGGAAUGGAGUAGAAAUACGGAGCCUAUCAAAAUUAAAAUAGAAGCCGAGCCAAUCAACAUGCAAAAAAGUUCAAUAUUCCUCCAGAACCACGCUCAUUCCGUUCGACACUCUGUUACGCUUGUGUCUUCUGCUUUUAUGUACCUUCUUAUUCGAAUGCUGUAAAUCAAUGAAAGUACCAAGGCACAUACAUUUUAUUCGUUGUCUUAGGAGAAGUUGUAUUAAAAGGAAAAAAAAAAAACAAAAAUAUGUAUUAUAUAAAAAUAUAUACACAUUUUUUUUGUUUUAUCAUGUAAUUGGUAAACGAGAUUUAAAUUGCCGAGUAGCCAAGUCAAAUUUGGAACACUUUGAAACCUAUAUUCAAAGUUUUAAGAACCACUUCGCACAACUAUUGAGUGAUCGGAACUACUCCUAUACUAACGCACUGAUGUCCUUGGUACUAAGUAUUUAUGAAGUACCUAUUCGACAGCGAUCGAUAUUUUAGACUAUUUUAAUAUAUUCACAAUAGUUCUAUAUUACGUCUGCAAAUCUUGCAAUAUAUUCUUUUUUUUUAUUAAUUGGUUUUAGAUAUUUUUUAUAUUUUUAUUAAUCCAUUCACAUUUUUCGAUGGUCGUCGCAUGUAUUUUUGAACGUUUUUCUAUUUCGAAGACUGUUUUUUUUAAUUUGACAAUUUAUUAGGUGAUGAUGCUUAUUCAUUUCCAGGCAUUUUUUGCAUUUUUUUGAAUAUUUUUGCAAGAUUUGUUACAUUUAUUAAAAUAUGAACGAUCUGGGUUAAACUAUUGUUGUUAAAUGAACAUACUUAAGCAUAUAUGGCAUCUUAUAUGCAUCACGUAUUGAUAUAAAUAAAAUUAUCAAUUAAUAUAUUUAUUAAUAUCUCUCCUGGUAGCUCGAUAUCGUUAUAACUGUAGGUUAUAACGCUAUUUUAUAUAUUAUAUACCGAUUACUAAAUUAUUUAUUACAAAGUACAAAAUGUCAGUAGCAGAUUCCUUUUCACUACAUAUUUUCAUUGUACAGUAAAUAAUAUACUAAGAACUAUAUUUUGUAUUUUUUAUUAAGUUUUGUCGUGUAUGUAAUAAAAGACCCAAGGGUGAUGUUUUAUUGGCUUAAAUAAAUAUUGUAAUUUAAAUUUGCCCAUGCGAUAUAAUUAACAUUCAUGAUGCCUAGAUACUUAACAGUUUAUAAUGUUAAGGGCCAAUUUAAUAAUUGAUUUUAUAAAAAAGCAACAUAUUUUAAGUUCGUUUUAUAUAUUAGUCAUUUCACAUUGUAUCCCCCGUUAGUUUACCAGUUUUAUUAGUUUUUUUUUUUGUAAAUAUUAAUUAAUUAUUUUUAAUUAAAAGUGAAACUAGGUAUAACUAAGUAUCUGUCAACAAAUUAUAACCUGCUUGUAUUACGUUUCACACCGGUAUUUUAAACAAAUUGUUUCUCACAAUACUUUAGUAAAUUAAGAUUUAAAUAGUAGUUAAUUACUACCAAAGUGUAAUUAAGAAUCACAUUAUUAUUUAAGAUAUACGACAAGUUUUAAAUUAAUUUCUUUAAUUAAUUAUUUUUUCAAUUUAAUUAAAUUAUUCUUUAAAUAAAAAAUUCCACCAGUUUUGGCGAUUAAUUCAUGUGGCUUAUAAAAUAAAUGCUUUUUUUCUAUUUAUCAAAUAGUAUGGUGUCUAUUAAAAAAAAUAGUGAUAAAAAUAUGCCUAUUGUACUUGGCCUUAUUUUGGUAGACAAAAACAGCAAUUUACUGCGCAAAAAUGAGAAUUUAAAGAAAAUAUAGAUAAAUUUACAUACAGAAUAACAUAUAAGUACAUCUGCCAUAAUAAAAUAGAUCCAGUACAGUUAAUUAGGUAUGUAAUAAAGUAAGGUUAUAUUACCAUGUAAAGUUACAUAAUCGUGCCUAACGUAUAUACAAUAGUUCCAGUAAGGGUGCUUUAUACAUACAUUAUAUUAUCUUCCACAUAAAGUUAAUAUUUACCCACUAGUCGUUUUUAUAAAUUUUUCACAUUUUCAAUGAGCUCUGCGGGCGUUCGAUUCACAAUCAAUCAAACUUGAUUUCAUGUAAUCGUUGUUUGAAAUAAAAAAUAUAUCUUUUUAUUUCCAAGCUAAAUUAAAUAUUAAUAAUUGUAACUCGAUAAUUUGUCCCUAUUUUUUUAUUUGUUAAACAAAUUAGUCAUGUAAAAUUUAUUUAGUGAUUGCUAAAUGUGAUUUUAAAUAUGAAUUUUUGAAAUGACCCCAGUGAUUUAAAUAAUUAUUUGAUAUAAUAAUUAAAUGACUACAUAUAUUUUUAAAAGUUAUUAAAAUAAAAUAAAAAUUAAAAUUUUUUUUAACUUUGGAAAGUAAUCAUCAGAAUUCAAGAUUUAAAACUCAUUAAGUUUAUUGAAAUUCACAAUUAUUUUUUUUCUACGGAAUGAAAAGAACGUCUGUAGAAACCUUUAAUGUGUGUGAAAAAUAAAUGUAUGAAUGUGUAUGGGAUAGAACAUGGAACGUACAACUGUUAAAUUGGUAAUGAUAUCUGAGAUUAUGAUUUUUUAUGUAAAUCUAACAAGAACUAGACCUCAAGUUGCUUUCUUAAUCGACACUUGACUUGUUCAAAAGAGGGCACGCGUUAUUGAUAUUUUAUUUAUUUAAUUAUUUUUUUAUUCUAUAAUAAUUAAAUCAUAUAAUCGGUCAUAAUUUGAAAAAAAUAUUCGUUUGCAUGUCGAUUUUUUUUCAAAUUUCGAUUCAAUAUUUGAUUAUUAUACAUGAAAAUUUAGAUGCAUUUUACAUUGAAAAUAAUAACUGUUUUGAAAUUUCAGCAACCGCUUUUCUCCUCAAAAAAAUCAGCUGAUCCAUACAUUUUCCACAACUUAGGUUAUUUAAUUUUAUAUAGAACAGCUGAUUUUUUUUUUCGUGAUUUCGGAGUUGCUCCCAUACUAAAACUUGUUCAGAAUCAUGGACUGAGCAUGUUGACAAAAUAUUGCCAAUAUAUAAAAAGUGACCCAAAAACAAUUAAAGAUUCUUCUUCAAUAGAAGAAUCUUUAUUUUUCAAUCAUACAGAUUAAGGGCACUAAACCUUUUAAGGGCAAUCUGGAACUUUAUUAUUAUUAUAACGCGUGUCAAAAUAUUCAUAUGAGAAGUAUCCUAUAUGAUUUGCAAAAAGCGAUGUUGUCAUUUUGUAUAAUAUUACCUGUGCCUUCUAUGUCGGUGGCGAAGACUACGAUAUUUUGUCUUAAUUGAAUAAAGGAAUUAAUGUUUGUACAUACAUUAAA